UGUCGGUGUCGGUGUGCCGGUGUUGGCGUUUGCGGCGGCGGGUCGGUGACCGACCGCGAGGUUAUUCCUCACCGGCAGCGAGAGGAGCGUGGCGCAGCCCUUGCGUUAAAUCUGAAGAAGGGUCUCGACCCGAUACAUCACCUAUUCCUUUUCUCCAGCGACGCUGCCUGUCCCGUUGAGUUACUCCAGCAUGUUGUGCCGAUCUUCGGUUUAAACCAGCGUCUACGUUUCUUCCUACACACUUUGCCUUGCCGUGUGGCGGAGGUCGAGGCAGGUAGCACUGCUGGAUCCCGAUCCUUGCUGCGCACUGUUGCCUGUUGACCGAUCACAUUAAUCCGCCCAUCCUACCCUCGUGGGUCUUGCGUGACCCCGACCUGACCUCCCUGCAAUUUAAAUUACACCAAGAAAUGAAAAAAGAAAAGCCGCUAAGAAUAGCAAUGUUACAAAAUUUUGAGAUUUAAAAAAUCAAGUCUGCAAUUUAUCCCACCAGAUAAAGCAUAAAAAUAAAUUUAAUUUGACACCUAAUUCACUUUCAUAUCUCAAGUAAUAAAAAAGUUAUGGCCAUUUUCAUACUCGGAAAUUAGCAUCUUGUUCCCUAUUGAUUUUCUAUGGACAUAACAAAAAAGCUGUGAUCGUGGACAGUCAAAAGCCUUCUUAAAAAUUAAGAGAACUGAAUGAAAUUUUCAGUUAUAGAUUGAAGCAUUCUGAAACAAAUAUAAAAUAAUCUUACUUGGAUGACCUGAAAUUACAGCAUAUAAUUAGUUAGUUACCCAAUUGUAGCUAAUUUCAAACUUCAAUUACUAGAUCUAAACAUCUAUCCAUUUCUUAAUAAAUGAUUAACAUUUUUAAAUAGCCUAAGUGUCCAAAUAAUAUUCACAAAUAAUUCACAAUAAAACAUGAUUUUAAAAUCUCAUUUACAUCAAUUUAUAGGCCAAAUGGAAGGAAUUUAGUGUUCAAUUGCUGUAAAUUAAAGUUCAUUUUAAAUCAGCUUUUUAGUGGGUUCCUGUGAACGCGCUGGUUUAGAACAUUCACAUUGCGCUGGAUUUGUGCCUUCAAAUGCCCAGAAAAAUACUGCGGGAUAUAAAGAGCCCAAAAUGAGCUACUCGCUAUAGAAAACUUUAUUUACAGGGUUCUUAAGAAGCCCCUUUUAAUGUAAAAAUAAGGUACAUACCUUUAAUUGUUUGCUUUAUAAAACACUGGGGCUGCGAGAGGUUGCGGGUUUAGAGAGUGAUUUUUAAACUACUAUAACUAUUAUACAAGGCCAUAAAAACUAAUAAUACCUUUUGCGACGGGAUCUUUCAGCGAUUUUCCGUUAAUGAUUUACUAGGCUGAACAUUUUCGAUUGCAACAGCCUAGUAAAAAUCGCGUUUUAAACCCGCCCCCUCUAAACAGCGCCAAAAUCGCACACACGGCCUGGGGCAGAUUCUCAACGACGAUUCAUGUAGGUUUUGCAACAUACCUACUAAGAAGGCGACUUUCUCCACACCCACAACAUAAACAAAGAACCGCUUGUAUUUUUUCUCCGGAGUUAAUGCUUUGCAAUAGUAUUAGAAUUUGACUGAGUUGUACUUUAAGUGUUCACAGUUUAAAAAAUACUUUUAAUUUUUGUUAUAGGUUUACCAUUGAAACAUGAGUGAUGGAGAUGAAAUUGUUCAUGCUCUCAAAGAAGGAGACACAUUUAAGAAUGAUGCAAGUGACGAGCCAACUAAUGAUGAUGAAGAAGAGAUUGCAACUAAAGAUUCACCUGACCUGCAACAUCAAGAUAAUAGUGAAUGUUUUGAGAACCUUGAAAGCCAAGUCCAAACUCAGUUAUUGAGUGGACAAAAUGAAGUAAAGACUAUUUCGGGUCAACACCAAGCUCAAGCUAGUGGUAAUGGACAACAGGAGAGUGAGAGUAGCAUAGAAAAAGCCCAAACUGAAGCUAACAAUGGAACAAGUAAUAAAGCAAUGGACCAGGUGCAUAUUCAGGAUGACGCUAGUGUGGAAGACAAAGUUGGGAAUAAUGUGGAUGAAAUCCAACCUCAAAAUAAUAAUGGUGAAAGUGAUAUGGCUAAGAAUGAGAUUGGGCAAAUCCAAUUUCAAGCUUCUGAUGAUGGACAAGGUGAAGCUCGGAGUGAGGCAGACCAAAUAAACAGAGAUGUACAAGAUGAAGCUCUAAGUAUACCAGGUGAUGUUGAAGGUCGAUCCACCUAUUGUGAACAUACCAAAGCUCUGAGUGAGUCAAGACAAGUAGUGGGUCAACCUACUUUUGGUCAAAAAGAUGAAGCUCUGAAUGAGUUGAGCCAAAAUGAAUAUCAGCUUGCCAGUUGUGGACAAGAUAAAGCUUACAGUGAUUUGGAGCAAGUUGAAGAUGAGCUUACCAAUAAAAAAAAUAAAGAUCUGUUUGAUUUGGGUAAAGUUGAAAAUCAUUCUACCAAUGGACAAGAUAAAGCUCAGAGUGAGAAAAAACAAGGGCAGGAUCAGGUUGAUAGGUUGGGACAAGGUGAGGUUCAGUGUGAAUCAGGCCAAGAUCAAAUUUAUAAUGAUAACGAAGAUAACACUAACAGUGGCACAAGCCAAGAUCAACCUGUGACCCAUGAUAUUAACAAAGUAAAUGCUGAAGGUGCCGUGUGUGAAAUGGAAUCACAGCCGAUGAUAGGAAGAGCCGGUCUGCUUGCAGGAACAAAAUCCUCAACUUCUACAGAAAAAAAGAGAACAUGUACAAUAAAAAAAAGUUCUGGCACACUACCUAAAACGCAAACAAUAAGCACUCCAGGCCAAGCUAAGGCUAAGAAUGCACCCUCCAAAACCAAAUUCCAAACUAAAAGUAUUGAAAAUGUAAAGUUAAAUGCUCCAGUGGCAGCAAAAGUUGAAUCUGAGCCAGUUGGGGACAAAAAAUGUUUGAGUGCUGAACCGAUCAACAGUAUAAAUAACCCUCAAAACACUGCAACUGUGAAAACAAGUGUGAAUGAUAAAGACCAAUUCUCAGCAAACAGAGAUGUGUCUACUGUGAGCGUUGGGCCUCCUGCAAGUGACAAGACUUGGGCUACUAAAGUGGAUAAACGGGUGAUGAUGUUUUGGUGUGAUAUUUGUAAAGUAUUUUGCACCUCUGCCCUGCAUCUGCAAAUGCAUUUCCUUGGCAAUAAACAUAAAAAGAUUGAAGCAGCCUUAAAGUUGAAUGUCAACGAAGCCAAAAAAGUUAUUAAAGAUAAAUUUCAAGCUCCUGCGGAGGCAAGGACUGUGGAAGGUCUUCUCGGUAAAAUGAAGCUAAAUAAAGCUGUACUAGGUAUGCUGUUCAGUGCUAUGUUUCUUUGUGUUUGUGUAUAUAUACAGUAUUUCUUGGUGUAUCUUAUGAAAACCUACACGUGUCAAUUAUGAAGAUAAUUAGAGCAACACAAUCCCAUUUUUGAAUUUAGUAAAUAAGCUACUUAGUUUGUGGCAGACAUUCAAUUUGUUGGAAAACUUUAACAUGAUUGCUGUAACGUUUCCUCAUUUAAUUUCAGAAUGUAGAAUUUAAAAAUACUAAACCAAUAUUUUGUUUUCAUUUUACGGAGCUCUAUAACAAUACUUAU